CAGUGUGUACCUUGUAGGUCAUUUCGCGAAUUUCGUCGGCCUGAAAAUUGUCCAAAAACAAGCUGAAGGACAAGUAAAAAUAUGUUUCAAAUAAUAUCUAGAACUACUGCAGGUGUUGUGGCUGGUGUAGCCGGUACUCUAUUUAUUGGGUACUGUAUUUAUUUCGAUAGGAAGAGAAGGAGUGACCCAUUGUUCCGUCAAAAACUUAAAGAACGAAGAAAGUUAAGAGGGGAGACAUGUUCAAAGCCAGGUAGUGGAAGUUCAGGAGGAGGACAAAAACUAGAGAUUCCAGAUCUGAAGGAUGCUGAAGCUGUUCAGAGGUUCUUCUUACAACAGGUACAACGUGGAGAGGAGUUACUUGCAUCAGGUGAUUUUGAAAAUGGAGUUGAGCAUCUGAGUAAUGCUGUAGCUGUAUGUGGCCAACCUCAGCAGUUAUUACAAGUUCUUCAUCAGACUCUACCUGCACCAGUCUUCCAACUCCUGGUUCAGAAACUGCCUCAAACAAGCAAGAAAAUUGCUGCUUUGAGUGAAGCAAGGAGUUCAGGGGCUACAAUUCAGGAAAUAGACGAUUUGGAAUGAAUUUCAAUUACUACUGGAAAUCGAGAGUGGUAAACAUGGGCAUAAAACCACUAGACUGUUGCUAAAUAAA